AUGGACAACAGUUUCCCUUUCGGGACAUGCAUCAACACGACGGUGAUCCAGAACCCGGCCUUCCUCGACUUCUUCACCAACCACUUCGACUGGGCUGUCUUCGAGAAUGAGCUCAAGUGGUACCACACCGAGGCGCAACAGGGCCAGCUCAACUACGCCGACGCCGACGCGCUCCUCGCGCUCUGCGACCAGCUGGGCAAGCGCGUCCGCGGCCACUGCGUCUUCUGGUCCGUGGACGGCGACGUCCAGCAGUGGGUCAAGAACCUUGACAAGGACCAGCUGAAGUCCGCCGUCCAGAGCCGCCUCGAAGGCCUGGUCUCCCGCUACGCCGCCAAGUUCCCGCACUACGACGUCAACAACGAGAUGCUGCACGGCCAAUUCUUCCGGGACCGCCUCGGCGACGAGGACGUCCCGGCGUUCAUGUUCAAGGAGGUGGCGCGGCUGGACCCGGAGCCCGCGCUCUUCGUCAACGACUUCAACGUGGAGUGCGGCAACGACCCCGACGCGACGCCGGAGAAAUACGCCGAGCAGGUCGCCUGGCUGCAGAGCUGCGGCGCGGUGGUGCGCGGCAUCGGGCUGCAGGGCCACGUGAGCAACCCGGUCGGGGAGGUCGUCUGCGCCGCGCUCGACAGGCUCGCCACCACCGGCGUGCCCAUCUGGUUCACGGAGCUGGACGUGUCCGAGCCGGAUGUUGGCCUCCGCGCCAAGGACCUGGAGGUGGUGCUCCGGGAGGCAUACGCGCACCCAGCGGUGGAGGGUGUGGUGCUCUGGGGGUUCAUGCAGGGAAGCAUGUGGCGGCAGGACGCCUGGCUCGUCGACGCCGACGGCACCGUCAACGAAGCUGGCCAGAUGUUCCUGAACCUCCAGAGGGAAUGGAAGACGGACGCGCGCGGGAAUGCCGACGGCGACGGGAAUUUCAAGUUCCGAGGCUUCCACGGCAGAUACUUCGUCGAGGUCACAACGGCGACGGGGUGUCGGAUGCUCAAGACGUUCACGGUGGAGAAAGGGGACAACACGCCUCUCCUGGUGAAUUUGGGCGAUGCCUGA